GUGGAUAGAGCGACGUCCAAACGGCCAACCGACGGCCACUCACUUCAGCUAGCUCAGGCCAGCAGCACAAAAACCAACAAGCGAGCGCGAGCGCAGGCCAGGCCACCGCACCGCAUCCAUCUCAUGGCGCUCUUCUCCAUCCUACGCUCGUCUCCGCCGGCCGUCCCGGCGGCCUCUUCUCGCCGACCACCCAACCACGGUGCCCACCUGCUACGCGUCAGCAUCAGGGCCGCCGCGCCGUCUCUGUCCGUGAGGUGCGAGCAGAGCAGCAAGCCGGGAGGCGGCAGCGUCGUCGACGUGUGGGCGAGCCGCCUGGCCAUGAUGAGCUUCGCCGCGGCGGUCGUCGCCGAGGUGUCCACCGGCAAGGGCCUCGUCGAGAACUUCGGCGUGGCAACGCCGGCGCCGGUGCUGGCGCUGGUGGUGUCGGCGCUCGUCAUCGGGCUGGCCGUCCUCUUCAUCGUACGGUCCGGAGCGCAAGAUUGAUGGAUCCAUCGCGCGAAGUAAUUGAAGACCUUUUUUUUUCUAGAAUAUAUACAAAGUAACCGAAGACCUACUUCUGAAGAACGAGUGUGCAGAUCUUCUUUGCAUCUGAUUUGCAAAGGUUCCUGGAGAUUCUAAUUAGCAUUACUUUCGACUGUAAAUCAUUCGAUGUAUGCAUAUGCAUAUAGCAAAUUUCGGUUCAAAUUCAAGUCAGCCAAAGGCUUCCGAUGUUGCUAACACUUUUGUGUGUGAAUUCAGACUGGUGCUCAAAAGUCAGGUUGUAACACCCUGUUAAUUAUUCAGUCAUAUGAUUGUGAUGUCCGUUCA